UCUUAACUGUUUGCAAGUGUCCACUUUGCGGUCGUGCCUCAACAAACUGUUUGUUCCCAGUGUUGGUUUUGUGUGUUAGAGUUUUGGUAUCAGAGUUUCACCAUGUGUUUUUGCAGGAGUGGAGUCACAUAGGGCAAAGAAGAGCUUCAGCCCAGACGAAAACAUUUUAAGGACAAUUCCACAAUGGCUGACAAGAGAACUACUCCUCACUUUGACAUCAAAACCAUCCUCAAGUCAUUUAAGCCAGUUGUGGACGACUCCCUGUUGUCAGAUGCACCUUUGGUUGAAGUUGCCGUGUGCAAAAUAAAAGACAAAAAACACAUUUCAAGAUUGGUUCUAGAACUCAACGACAAACUACCGAUCCCUACGUUGCAGCACUUGAAAAGAGUUUACCAGGACCAUAUCAUUCUGUACUUGACAUCGGAGCGAGACGAGGAAUGUUUAAAAGAUGACAAACUGGACAUCACAGGACUGGAUUUGGAUUCUUUGAAACUCAUACAAAUUCCCAAAUCAAUGCCAAGAACUUUAAAACAAUAUUCAAGAGUGAAGUCGAUAUGGUCUUGUUCUUUUCACGAAGAUAAAUAUCUGGAGAAGUUAUUGUCCAAUACCUUAUUCACGGUCGGGGAGAUGGAACAGCACUGCAGGUGGAUGAGAGAAGCUAUAGGUGCAGCGAGAAGAAGUAAAACGUCAGUUGGAGCUGCAAUUGUUGAUCCCGUCAACAAAUCUUUGUUGGCUGUAGCAGCAGAUGAUAGGCAAACUCAUCCUAUAAGACAUGCGGUCAUGGUGGCUGUGGAUCUGAUCGCUCGUUCUCAAGGAGGCGGUGUCUGGCCGGUGAAAGAAGAUGACUUUGUUUUCCAACGUGAUGUGCAAAAACCAGUUGUGACUCACGGCAAACGAGAUUUGGAGGGGGUGGAAAAACCUGUGGGUCCGUAUUUAUGCACUGGCUACGACAUUUACAUCACCCGAGAACCUUGUGCAAUGUGUGCUAUGGCCAUGGUGCACAGUAGAGUUAGACGAGUGUUUUACGGGUGUGAAAGACCGACAGGAACUCUCGGAUCUUUGACAAAAAUUCAUACUCUCAAAGGACUCAACCACCGUUACGAAGUCUUUAAAAACCUACUUAUGGAAGAAUGCUUGGACCUGUGUGGGUAGUAGAAUUACAAUAAAGCUUUUUAUUUUA